AUGUUAACUUUCAAUUAUCCGUCUGCAACGAACUCAAUGCCUUUGUUCAAAAUGACGAAAACCUCGUCCACCGCGACCUUGGUGGCCUGGCUGGUUUUGGGUGCUGCGGGCGCAAUGGCGCUGAGCAUACCGCAGUCCAUCGCCCACACCAAGGUUCUCGCGAGGGCUGAAGACGUGAAGGCCGAGUAUGACUACGUAAUCGUUGGAGGAGGUACAGCCGGCUUGACCGUCGCUGAUAGACUCACCGAGAAUGGAAAACACACUGUCCUUGUGAUUGAGCUUGGUAUAUUUGACAACUCGACUUCGGUAAACACUGUCGCUGGAGGCGCCGCAGCAUUUGCUGAUCCUUCCCACCUAUUCGGCUUCGCUUCCGUCCCCCAGGAGGGUCUGAACGGUCGCAACUUCACUGUUUUUGGUGGUGUCAUGCUCGGGGGCUCAUCCGGAGUCAACGGUAUGCAGGUUCAUCGAGGACAAAAGGAUGACUACAACCGGUGGGGAUCGUACUUCAGUGACAGUUCCGAAUGGAGCUGGGAAGGCCUUUUGCCAUACUUCAAAAAGGCCUGGAAUUUCCACCCUCCUACCCCUGAGCUGACAGAGCCGUUCGAUAUCAAAUAUGAUGAAAGCUUUUGGGGCGAUUCGUCCGACGUUCAUGCUUCGUUCCCUACAUUCCAAUACCCGAUGCUAAAAACUGAGGUCGCCGCAUUUGGAGAGAUUGAAGGAGUCAAGCAUCCAGAGGACUCAGGAGCCGGCGAACCCGGCGUGUUCUGGUACCCCAUGUCUGCCGAUCCAUCUACAAUGACUAGGUCAAUGUCUAGAAACGGACAUUGGGACGAUAUUGAAGCUGUCCGUGAUAACUAUGAGACAGUUACCGGGCAGAAGGUGCUCCGGGUGCUGUUCGAUGGUCAAACAGCUACUGGUGUUUCUUUCGUUCAAGCGAACGCGACCAGUGCCGAGAGAGCGCAAACAGUCAAGGCCAAGAAAGAAGUUGUUAUCGCUGCUGGCACAAUUCAUACGCCUCAGAUCCUCCAACGUAGCGGUAUCGGCGGGAAGACCCUGCUGGAAGCCGCCAAUAUCGAUGUCGUUGUCGAUUUGCCCGGCGUCGGGCAUAAUUUCCAAGAUCAUCCUCUCGGUGCAGGUGCUACAUUCUCUUUCACAAACUUCGACGUCCACCCCGAUCCAACCGAUCUUCAGACAAACCAGACCUUCAUUGACGAAGCUAAAGCCGAGUUCGAGGCUAAGCGAACAGGGCCCUUGACCAUCGCUUCUGGAAAUGCAGCCUGUUUUCUCCCUUUCCCAGUUGUCGCGCCAGCCUCUUUUGAGAAGAUUGCUUCGGCCUAUGAGUCCCAGGAUCCGGGAGCCUACCUCCCUGAGCGUACUGAUGCCACCGUUAUCGCUGGCUACGCAGCUCAGCAGAAGGCUCUUGCGGCAGCAAUGCGUUCUAAUGGUUCUGCGUUUUACAACCACUUCCUCCGUGGUGCUGAUAUCGAGGGCGCUUUUGUAACCCUUCAUCCACUCUCCCGCGGCACCAUUGAGAUCGAUCCCACCGACCCCUUUUUCAAAGAGCCUAUCGUCGACUACCGCGCCCUCAGCAACCCCGCCGAUCUUGACGUGCAGGUAGAGUUCAUUCGUUUCGCACGCAAGUACUUCCUGGAGACGAGCCUUGCGGAGUUCAAGCCUGUAGAACUGGUUCCAGGCGCCAAUGUCACAAGCUUCGAGGCGUUGAGCAACGCGCUCAGAAGCCAGUUGAGCCCGACCACGUUUCACCCAAUCGGUACAGCGGCCAUGUUGCCGAGAGAGCUUGGCGGUGUUGUUGAUGAGAAGUUGUUGGUCUAUGGCGUCGAGGGGCUGAGUGUUGUUGAUGCUAGCGUGCAGCCUGACCUACCAGGAGCUUACACGCAGCAGACCGUUUAUGCAGUUGCCGAAAAAGCUGCGGAUUUGAUUAAGGCGCGAGCAUGCAAGGUGUCUCGCCGGGGGCUUAUUACUACUACGACUGGCAAACGUUGA